AUGAAUGACGCCAAUGGCAUCGAGAACCCUGCUUUCGUCCCCUCCAGCCCGGACACCCCGCGCCGAUGGUCUGCGUCGCCCGGUCAGGUCGAGGUGUCCGCCCGGCCCUUCUGCACGCAGAAAGAGGAUUCGCCGCUGCCCCGGGCUCCGGAGCCCGCGAAGCCUUCGGAGUCGCCAGAGCCACAAGCUCGCCCAUCUCUGCCCGGAGCUCCCCUCCCCCCUGGAGAGCAAUCGGAGCCACUUUCGCUGUCUGAGUUCGAGGAGGGACCCUGCGGAUGGGGGAACUUCCACCCAGAAAGUCUCCAACGCUGCAACACGCCGCAGGGAUACCUGCUCCACUAUUGCCUUCUGGCUCUCAUACAAGGUAUUGUUGUAAACGGCCUAGUAAACAUUAGCAUUUCCACUAUUGAGAAGCGCUAUGAGAUGAAGAGCUCCCUGACUGGCCUCAUAUCGUCAAGCUAUGACAUCUCGUUCUGUGUGUUAUCUUUAUUCGUAUCAUUCUUUGGUGAAGGGGGCCACAAACCAAGAUGGCUUGCAUUUGCAUCCUUCAUGAUAGGAUUGGGAGCACUUGUGUUUUCCUUGCCACAAUUUUUUAGUGGAAAAUAUCAACUGGGGUCCGUUUUUGAAGAUUGUGCAAGCAGUCAGAUGAAUAAAAUGGGCAUUUUGAAAAGUAAUAGUUUUGGGAAUGAAUGUUCCAAUAUGAUAGAAUGGUAUCAGUGUGCUAGUAUCACUGAGGCUGAUCCGCGCUGGCUGGGAGCAUGGUGGAUAGGGUUUCUCUUGUCUUGGAUCUUCGCUUGGUCAUUGAUAAUACCCUUUUCUUGCUUUCCAAAACAUUUACCAGGUACAGAAAAAAUUCAAGCUGGAAAAAUUUGCCAGGCUCAUCAGAAUAGUAGUAAUUCCACACAACAAGAAAAUGUGAAUUUUGGGAAAAGUUUUAAAGAUUUUCCAGCCGCUCUAAAGAAUCUCACGAGGAAUACUGUAUUUAUGUGUUUAGUUCUAUCAACGACGUCAGAAGCCUUAAUCACCACUGGAUUUGCCACAUUCUUACCUAAGUUUAUAGAAAAUCAAUUUGGAAUUUCAUCCAGCUUUGCAGCGACCCUGGGAGGAGCUAUUUUAAUUCCUGGAGCUGCUCUUGGUCAGAUUCUGGGUGGUGUCCUUGUUUCUAAAUUCAAAUUGGAAUGCAAAAAUACAAUGAAGUUUUCACUGGGCACAUCUGCAAUUGCACUCUUGCUGAGUUUUGUGUUUAUAUUUGCUAAAUGUGAAAAUGAGCCCUUUGCUGGUGUGUCAGAAUCAUAUAAUGGAACAGGAGAGCUGGGAAAUUUGACAGCUCCUUGUAAUGCCAAUUGUAACUGUUUGCGAUCAUAUUAUUAUCCUGUCUGUGGAGAAGAUGGAAUUCAGUAUUUUUCUCCCUGCUUUGCAGGCUGCAUACACUCUAUUUCUGAAAGACAGCCCAAGAGAAUGCCCCAGGGUGAUCUAUCAAUAUCUCAUACAUCUCUCUAUAUUUAUAUUUAUAAGGAAGGUGUGAUUGACUUACAAGGAUUAUCUCAUGGGGUUGUGGUUGACUGUAAACUCAAAAUUCAUAAAUUAAGUGGUAGACUGGAGGAUACUGCAGGAUUAGGUUCCAUUAUCUCUAAGUUCAAAGUGGAGAGAGCGAGAAAAUGUGUUAAUAACAGUCAACGGUCUCUAGCGUUGGGAAUACAGUUUAUGCUUCUGCGAUUACUGGGCACAAUACCCGGACCGAUUAUAUUUGGUACAACAAUCGAUAGCACAUGUGUUCUCUGGGAUAUUAAUGAGUGUGGCGUCAGAGGUGCUUGCUGGGUUUAUAAUAACAUCAAGAUGGCCCAUAUGCUACUGGCGAUAACUGUUACCUGUAAAGUUAUCACCAUUUUCUUCAAUGGACUUGCAAUCUUUCUGUAUAAACCACCUCCGUCAAGAACAGAAGUGUUAUUUCAAAAUCAGAAUUCAGUUGUGACUACGGUUUCAGUAACAUAUGAUAGCAGCAAAGAGGGAAAUGAAGACUGAAUAAGAAAGAAGAGAAUAUUUUACGGCUGGGAAGUUGACUUCGAGGACUGCACAACGCCACCGCAGCAUUACCUCCCCAGUACGGACACUCUAGUCUUAUACAGCCGAUGCUUUAUAAUUGAAUAUGUCUAAGUAUAUAUUGAUUUUAUUUUGUUUUCUUUAACGUAAGAAGCAGACUUGUGCCUUCAAGCUCACAAAAGCCUCAAAACCUGCACACAGUCACUUAUUUUUUAUUGCCUAGCUCUGAAAUCCUUAGACAGUGACAAAGCAGACUAGAAAAAUACCAAUGAUUAGUAAAAUGUUUACAUUCUAAAAGAGCCAUGAAUAUUUCUGUCCUAAUAGAUUAUUAUUGUCAAUAGUUUGAAAUUAUUUUGCAAAUGUAUGCUGUAAAUUUACAUGGUGUUUGGAAUUAUUAUUGCGAUUCAAGUAUUUGAAACCUGUUCUAUGACAUAAUUUGUUUUAAACGUUAUUUAUAGUCUAUUUGCUACAGCAAGUUAUUGAGCUAUUAGAAUGUAAUUAUUUAUCCUUGCGUCCCAGUAUAGGGAAUACAGAAAUAUCAGCAUUGUAUACACUUACUUUCACUUUCACUAAAAGUUUCCAUGAGGUUAUUUAUUGAUGCUAUGGAUUUUUAACAACUAGCUCGUGUGAUUCUGUGAUAGAUUCACUCACUUAUAGGUUGUCUUAAUCAUCUACUACAGCACUGAUAGAAAAACAAAAGAGGAUAGCUUUAAGAAUCAAAAAUGUAUUGUCACAAUUUAGGAAACUACCCAUCCAAAUUCAACUUUAGGAGCAGGCUUUCUUUCUUUUCCAUUUCUUGGGGAAGGUGCUUGCCUCCUUUCAACAUCUGUGGACCCAGUGUUCCUUGGAAAUAUCUGUAUGUCCUGCUUCAACCUAUCCUAGGGUCUAAAAAGUUGUCAGUGCAUGGACUCUGGGUCCAAAGGGUGUGCUCUCCUCUUGACUCUUCUUUCUGGUUGCUCCUUUCUUCUUUUACAUUCUAUAAGAUAGAUAGUGGUGCAGACCACACCCCAAGAAAUAUAUCCCGACAUGGAUCAGCACUGUGAUCUGAUUUAGGGGUUAAAUUCCACUUGAAUCCCCCUUUAAUAACAAGAAAUCAAAUCACUCAGGAUGAUCACAUUAUUGUAUAAGUGCCAAAUCACUAAGAAUCAUGGUCUAGUUGACUUGACACAUACUUUUGGGACACACUAUUUGGUCCAUAAGAAAGUAUCACCUUCAGUUAUAAAAAGUGCCAAUUAGAUGCAAAAAGGUUUCCUGACAAAUGAU